AUGGCCGAGCUCCAGGAAGCGAUGAUCGACCGCUGCAUUGACGACAUUUGGCACACGUUCGACCAAGACCAGAACGGGUACCUCGACCGCGAAGAGACGCGCGCGUUCAUCGACGCCAUGGCCGAGGCGCUGGCGGGCAGUGCCGGCGAGCGCCUCGAUUUUGACGCGUGCUUUGACGACCGCGACGAGAUGCGCGUCUUUGUCAUGCAGCUCAUGGGCCUCUAA